AGGAAAAGUUAUGUUCAGAAUAAUAUUAAAUCAAUAACUGCAAAAAAAUGGAAACUUUCGAAAUCUUGUGUGGCAUUGCUGCCAUAAUUGUCGUUUUUUACUAUUACUUUACAUCGACGUUCAAUUUUUGGAGUUCACGUGGCGUCCGCGGUCCACGGCCGAUACCAGUAUUCGGUACAUAUAAGGAUGUCAUACUUGGAAAAAAGUGCGCAAAUCAUUAUUCGAUGGAAGUGUACAAUGAAUUCAAAGAUGAGAUCUUUAUUGGAAUAUUCGACAAAAGGACGCCAAUUCUUAUCGUAAAAGAUCUAGAUUUAAUUCAAGAUAUUCUAAUCAAAGAUUUCUUAAAAUUUCCAGACAGAGGAAUAAUAAGAACCAUUCAUGAAAAAGCUGAGCCGUGGUCGGCAAGUCUUCUUCAUUUAGAAUUUCGGAGAUGGCGACCUAUAAGAACGAAGCUAUCGCCAGCUUUUUCACCUAGCAAACUGAAGAAAAUGUUCUCUUUAAUAUUGGAGUGUUCUAAUCGUCUGAAACAAUAUACAGAGGAACUGGUAAACAGAAAUGAGCCCAUCGAAUGCUGCGAUCUAAUGGCGAAGUACACGACGGAAGUUAUCGGCACAUGCGGUUUCGGCAUUGAUAUGAAUUCUUUGUCGGAUGUAGAUAGCGAAUUUCGCAGGAUGGGAAGAAUGAUGUUUUACAGUCCAUGGCGCGUGAUUCGGGACUCACUUAGAAAUAACGUACCGUUGUUUUACGAUAUUCUCAGUUCCAUUGUACCGCUAGCGGAAUUUGUUGAAUUUAUCAGAAACCUAAUCUUAAAGAGCAUAGACUACAGAGACAAAAAUAACGUGAGUAGACAAGAUUUCGUUGAUGCACUGCGCGAAUUGAAGAAACAAUCAAAAGAAAUGGGCGACAUCGAAAUUACUGAAACUUUAUUAAUAUCUCAAGCAUAUAUAUUUUUCGCUGCCGGCUUUGAAACUUCAUCAAUGGCUUUAAGUCACGCACUUUACGAAUUAGCAUUAAAUCAAAAGAUACAAGACAAAUUACGCGAGGAAAUUGAUCAAAAAUACGCAACUCAUGGAAGCAAUUUAAAGGAUAAGAAUAUUAAAAAAAUGGAGUAUUUGGAUAAAGUUGUUAAAGAAACUUUACGAAAAUAUCCGGUGAUAGCAUUUCUACCAAGAAAAUCGGUAUCGAAUUAUACCUUUAAAGGUACCAAUGUUAGUAUACCAAAAAACUUAAAUAUAUGGAUUCCUAUGUAUUCAAUCCAUCGAGAUUCAAGGUUUUAUCCGGAUCCCGAAGUUUUCGAUCCAGAGAGAUUUAGCAAAGAAAUUAAGCAAACCAGGCAUCCGAUGACUUUUCUACCUUUUGGUGAUGGUCCGAGAAAUUGCAUUGGUUUAAACUUUGCCUUUUAUCAGGUUAAAGUUGGACUCAUAACAAUUCUACGAAACUUCAAAGUUGAACCUUGCGAAAAAACGCCAAUACCCUACGUAAUUAAUCCUAUUACGUUCCUGUCAGCGCCGAAAAGUGGAAUACACUUAAGAUUCACUAAAGUUAAUCGAGCUUAAUUUAAACUUUUUCACAACUAAUUUCCAUAGCUCUUUCUGAAAUGUAUAGAAAGAGACAAGAUAUCUGUUAAUAUUAAAAUUAUAAUAUUUAUCAUUAUUUAGAGCAUUAUUAUCUAUUCAUUUUAUCGGUGAUGCUUUGUUAUAUACGUUAUGCAAUUUUUAAUUAAUUCAACAAUCUGAUUUUUUG